UUUCUUCAAGAGGUACGAUUAUAGUUACAACAUGUUUUGUCCUGUUGAAUACUAAGUAUGUAUAAAUCUCUUAUCAAUCAUAGAAAAGACAAGACAAUGUCUGUUUAUUCAGCUGCAUCGGAAAUYAUUUCCAGCCUUUUGUCRCCAAUGCCAAAUCUWCCCAAUCGAAUGACAAAUGUUGAAUAUCACUUUUACAYGGACRGAAGAUUGCGAAGUGUGAUGUAURCUUACUAAUAACGAGAGAAAUUASAACGAUUUUAUCCAACAGGUCGUUAGAUUCUGUCAUCUUCCYACUUGAAAUGGCGCUGAAUACUGCMUCGAUURUUGCGUCUUCAGUUUUUCUAUCCAUUACAGAGUUAUUGAUAUUGUGCGGUAAYRUACUGGUGGUUCUAGCAGUUUUCAAGAACAAAUCCAUGCAGUCUGUUACMAACUUUUUAAUCGUCAACCUAUCRAUAACAGAUUUAAUGGUAGCGAUUUUUAACUGUCCUUUAAUGUUGGUUGCUAUCAUUGCAAAGGGAUGGGUCAUCGGGGAUGCAAUGUGCAAAGUGUCUGGUUUCUUAAAUGUCGUUCUUUGCUGUGCAUCGAUUCUUACUUUAACAGCGAUCAGCAUUGACAGAUACUUCUGUAUAACUCGUCCAACCAAAACUGUUAUCACAAAAAGAAAAGCUAUCUACAUGAUUAUAAUCAUUUGGUUCAUCGUGGUGUGCUUUGCUGUCAUGCCAUUACUUGGUUGGAAUAAAUACAUCUACAUUGAUGAUCGUAAACACUGCAUGAUACUAUGGCAAAUGGGAGGAAUACACUCCGUAUAUGGCGUCUUUCUUUCAGUCUCCAGUUUCGUUAUUCCAACAUGGAUAAUGGUCUUUUGCUAUUAUAAGAUUUUCAGCACAGCAAGGAAUCAARCCAAGAAAUUCCGAAAUACAAAUAUCGCUGGCUCGUCUCAAGAGCAAAGCCAUGCGUCUUACAGCAAUAGUAAAGUAUCGCCGUUCGUUUCCGGGACGCUAUGGCUAAUUAAUCCUUUAAACAUUGAGGACUUAUCACUAGAAUCAGUCAGUACAGCAGGUCAAAGUACAAUCAGCACAGACCAGAGCUGCUCAGCGGCAGCAGAUGAGAAGACGUCCAGUAGAAGGCUGGCAACAUCACAGGCUACAAGACAGAAAGCUGAACAAAGGACKGCUCGAGUCAUUUUAAUUGUUAUUGGUGUUUUUCAGGUUUGCUGGUUACCAUACGCAGCGCUGAACCAAUGGUCAGCAAUUUCAGGCAAAUCRCCCCCUGGUGCCGCGGAUCUUGGUGCGUCUCUUCUCGGCUACUUCAAUAGCGGCUGUAAUGCUGUUAUCUACACUACAUUCAAUGCCAAGUUUAGAGAAGCCUUUAAAAAGUUGCUAURUUGUAAAAGUAUCAAGAAGACAUUAAUUCCGAACUUCAAAGUCCCAAAGCCGAGGAAGAUCGAAGUCAAGUCRAGAUUAUGAUUUUUUUUUCACCAGCUGAAUGAUGGGCCAUGGAGACGCCAUAUCUAGCUGCGCAUGCAGAGAUCCUUAUCAAAAUUGUUUACACAAAUCUUUGMAAWUUAUAAAAUUUAAACUAGUAGCCAAAACAAAUAAAGGUUGAAUGAUGGAUGAACGAGCGAGUGCAGAACAAAAUGAAUUAUUUCUUCAACAUAUCAACACCAAAUUAAGACGGACYCYACGUUCUUACAGUGGCCGUUUUAUAUCAGUUAUCAAAAAAUAACAAUGAAAYCUUUGUAUUGUUAUGAAAAUUAAGAAUAGAAAGUUUGUAAAUAAUGAAAUCAAUAAUAAAUAUAUGUGGAAA